CGACUCGUUUGAAAACAACAUCGCAAAGGCAAAAGUGAACUCUGGUGAUAUCACUCUCGAUCAAUACAUAAGAAAUUUUGUUAGUUCGAGUCGACAAAGUGUGAUUUUAACUGCCUGAAGAACUGGGCAAGCCUUAGCAUGGACUUUAACGUUAAGAAAUUUGUUGGCGAAGCGGGCACGGCCUUCAGUCGACUCGUGCAGCUCACGGAAGAAAAACUGGGCACAUCAGAACGGACAGAGUUAGACUCACACUUUGAAAGUCUGCUUGAACGCUCAGAUGCGACGAAAAUGUGGACUGAAAAGCUGCUGAAGAACUCCGAAGCAGUUCUUACACCGAAUCCAGGGUACCGUGUUGAGGAUUUCCUGUUUGAAAAAAUUGAAAAGAAGCGGCCAAACAGACUUACCAAUUUAGAAUACCUUGGGUUGGACAUGAUGGAAGCAGGAAAUGUAUUUGGUUCCAGCUCACCCUAUGGGAGUUCCUUGAUCAAAGUGGGACAGAUCGAGCAAAAGUUAGGUACGACAGAACGAGAGUACAUCGGAGCCGUCAAUCAAAGUUACAUAAUGCCCUUGAGGAAGUUCCUUGACGGUGAGAUGAAAACUAUAAUGAAGGAAAGAAGCAUUCUGGAAAAUAAAAGGAUCGAUUUGGACGCCUGCAAAAACAAACUGCGUAAAGCCAGGAGCAUCCAAGGCCAGCAAGCGGCCCAAAAGGACGGAUUGAAUCCUCAAGUUGUGAUGGAGCAGGCGGAGCGUGAACUGAGAGUGGCUCAAGCAGAGUUUGAUCGGCAGGCGGAAAUCACAAGGCUGCUCCUAGAAGGGAUUUCCAGCAGUCACGCCUCACACUUGCGGUGUCUGCACGAAAUGGUGCAGGCGCAGGCCAACUACCAUGCCCAGUGCAACACCAUCAUGCAAUCACUGGCGACCGAGCUGGCAAACUCUUUAAAGCCCCAGCCUGCACCCAUGUUGCGUGUCAACAGUGAAGAACUGGAGGUCAUCAGCCCCUCCUCGAGUCCUGUAGUUGAUGAUAAAUUCACGUCCUUCGCUGCUUUUAAAUCCACUCAUGUUCCUUAAAAGCCUGAUAUUUAUUGCAACGGGCUUGCAUGAUGAGAAAUUUGUGUCCUUUUAUCUCUCAUUCGUCUCAAUUUUGGACUUUUGUGUUUUGCUUGCUCAUAUUACAUAAUGAUAAAUUGUUGAUGUUUUUUAUAUGGUCAGUUUGGCACAAAAGAUUUUAACUGUUUGAACUAAAAAAAAAAUGAAUUUUUUGCUUUCAAAAGCGCAAGGGAUGUUAACUCUGUCAACUAUUCCAAAUCCGUGUUUUCCAAACUGCACAUAAUCGAAAAUCAUGCAAGCUUCCAAGAAUGAGUCUAGUCGAAAAGACGGCUACUUGGUUGUUCACUCAAUGAGACAAUACUAUCCAAAGGCAUAUUAUAUUCUCCAGCAAAAUGCAACACUCAUAAUUGAAAAUCGAUCUCGUUCUGUUUUAUCUUACUAUAUUAUAUUAUACACUAAUACUCUUGUUAAUAUACUUGUUAAAUUUAAUUCUGUUUCUGUUGCUUUUUCUAACAGCUAUUGAAACUGUUCUAUAUUUUUUUUCAACCUCUUUUAACUCUAUUUAAGCAUGUAUUGACAAUUAACAGUUGUGUUGUGCAUGCUUUUUUUUAAUAAUAAUGACAGAUCUUACACGAUUUCAAACACCAAUGUUACGGAAUAUCAAAACGAAACGAAAUAGGCGAACAUAGAUUAAUAUUAAUUAAUAUCUCAAUCUUAUCAAAAGAGUUGAUAUAUAUAUAUAUCAUCAUGUACCCGGGUACAACGAAACGCAGUCUCUGUAGUCAAAAUAUUUAGCUUAAUAUAGCCGCAGUCUGGCCAAAUUUUAUCAGCCAUUGUUUAUAAUGUUAAGCUAAAAACAAAACAAUAAUAUUUUAUGUCUUUCAACCUUGAUGGAGUGUCAGAGAGUAUUAAAUUUGAAAAUAGAGUACAGUAGAGCGUAGUUUACUCUAAAAUUUAAUAUGUGCAAUGCAAAAUAUUGAAAAAUUCUCUGACAUGCCUUAUUUGUAAAAUAAUUUCAUUCAAAUAUAUAGAAACAUUAAAUAACAAUGUAAAAUUAUUAACGUUAAAAAGAAUAUUCAAUUUCUUAAAUUAAACAAACUGACCCUUGUCCCGAGAUCAAUUUCAAAAUGAAAGUGAGAAUAGGUUCUGUGUAGAUUUUGAUCUUAACCAAUACAAAUAAGCUAAUAAUAUAGACCGUCCAUAAGCCAUGUGA